GCCUAUGUGUGUCGCUGGACCAGCCCACUGAGACUCCUGCUGCAGUGUACGCCCGCCACACAUUUUUUUUUUUGUUUAGUGCUGCAAAUCCCCAGCAAAACGACGCCAACACUGAAGUCGCAUAAACAGAAGAUGCCCUUACCCGUGCAGGUGUUCAACUUUCAGGGUUCUGUGGAGCCAAUGCAGAUCGACGCAGACCCCCAGGAGGAUCAGCAGAAUGCGCCGGACACCAACUACAUAGUGGAGAACCCAACGCUGGACCUGGAGCAGUAUGCGGCCAGCUACAGCGGACUGAUGCGCAUCGAGAGGCUCCAGUUCAUCGCAGAGCACUGCCCUCAGCUCCGAGUCGAGGCCCUGAAGAUGGCCCUCACCUUUGUCCAGAGGACCUUCAAUGUGGACACCUACGAAGCGAUCCACCGCAAACUCACAGAGGCCACACGGGAAGCGCAAGGUGUGCUGGACGCAGCGCCAGAAGGCGGCGUCGUUCCUCCUCCCUUGGACUCGGCCUGGGCUGAAUCCACCAGCAAAAAGGCUCUACUCAAACUGGAGAAACUGGACACCGAUCUCAAAAACUACAAAGGCAACUCCAUUAAAGAGAGCAUCAGGAGAGGCCAUGAUGACUUGGGAGACCAUUACCUGGACUGCGGUGACCUCAGUAACGCUCUUAAGUGCUACUCCCGGGCCAGAGACUACUGCACCAGUGCUAAGCAUGUCAUUAACAUGUGUCUGAAUGUCAUCAAGGUUAGUGUUUACCUACAGAAUUGGUCGCAUGUGCUAAGCUACGUGAACAAGGCAGAAUCCACACCAGAAAUUGCAGAGCAAAGAGGAGAGCGGGAUAGCCAGAAUCAAGCAGUCCUCACUAAAUUAAAAUGUGCUGCAGGACUGGCAGAGUUGGCCUCCAGGAAAUACAAACCGGCUGCCAAGUGUUUCCUGCAGGCUUCUUUUGACCACUGUGACUGUCCAGAGCUCCUGUCACCCAGUAAUGUAGCUGUGUACGGGGGCUUGUGCGCUCUGGCCACGUUCGACAGACAGGAGCUCCAACGUAACGUCAUCUCCAGCAGCUCCUUUAAGUUAUUUCUAGAGUUGGAACCUCAGAUCCGCGACAUCAUCUUCAAGUUCUACGAGUCCAAGUACGCCUCGUGUCUCAAGCUGCUCGACGAAAUGAAGGAUAACCUCCUGUUGGACAUGUACCUGGCGCCGCACGUCAAGACGCUGUACAGCCAGAUCAGGAACAGAGCCCUCAUCCAGUAUUUCAGCCCCUACGUAUCAGCAGAUAUGACGAAGAUGGCUCAAGCCUUCAACACCACAGUAGCAGCUCUGGAAGACGAGCUCACCCAGCUCAUACUGGAGGGUCUCAUCAACGCUCGGAUCGACUCCCACAGCAAGAUUCUGUAUGCGAGGGACGUGGACCAGAGGAGCACCACGUUUGAGAAGUCGCUCCACAUGGGGAAGGAGUUCCAGAGACGAGCCAAAGCCAUGAUCCUCCGAGCUGCUGUGCUGCGCAACCAGAUCCACGUAAAGUCUCCACCCAGAGAAGGCAGCCAGGGAGAACUGACACCAGCCAACAGCCAGACCCGGAUGAGCACCAACAUGUGAGGAGGAAGUCCUCGUCGAACGGCCACCACAGACUAGAGGGGAAGGAUCACCGUUCCCCACCAACCCACACCACCUCACCCCGCCCUCCGUUUCUCAGCCGAAACGACACCCAAUGUAAAGACUCCCACGCUCCGAAAUGAUCUCUGUAUCUCCCCCCACCGUCAGGCGACGUGGGGGACUUUUGUUAGUCCGACGUGGAGAGUCGGGACAAGAUGUGUUUGGAUUAAAGCUCAGCACUUACGCUGUAAGUUACUGGUAGGAGAUGCACUUUGCUCUGCUUACACUUGAUAGAGACCUCGUUAACAGACCCAAGGUUUUAAAAUAAAAACGCCUACCAAAACUUGCA